AUGUCCUCCGCGGUUGAAACUGACGUGCGGAGGGCACGGCAGGUAAACUCUGCCAGGAAGAAGCUCAAGCAAUUCCGCGCUUCUCGUACCUCGCACACACCAUCACCAUCCCACGUUUCUCGCGCCUCGUCGGCCUCGUCGGGCUCGGGCACGGUCCUCAACAACAGCACCGCCGACAAUACCUUCCCUCGCCGUGUGCCCAGCAGCAGCCAUGGCAAGGCUCUCCUCGACGCAGUCAUCGACGCAGAGGCAGCGGGCAUGAUGGACACAAUGUCGCGCCAUGCUCGCCAGUCCAGCCGCCAUCAGCGCCAGCGGUCAUCGAUGACACUGUCGUGGCCGCCUCAGCUCAACCAGAACAUCACACCUCGUCCUACCGUCAUGGGCCUGUUUGACAUGCCGCCAUUAGAACCUUCGGGCGAAUCUGCGACCAAGGCGUCCGACACCGAGCAAAGCGACACGGCCACUUCGUCGCGCGAGAUCGUGACCACGCCAGCCACCCCAACGGUCGAGCCAUCCACUCUUCACACAGACCGCGAAGGAGCGGCUGUUGCCCGCUUAAACUCCUUCAACUUUGGUGCCAAGCCAAGCUCGAACAAGCCUGCGCUUCUCCCGUCUUUCCCUAUCCGGGAGUCCUCGCCGCCCAAGCGCUUGGGCGCCGGACGACCCCCCAGCAUUCGUCUCUCAAGGUCGUUCUCGCCUCUCGACCUGCUUGAGGGGUCGCCGCGUAACAGCAUCUCUUCCCCCAACCUCAACAACAGCUCCUCCUCUCCCCAGCCCUUGCCUCCAUCGCGUCGGCGGCAUUCUCACAAUCGUUCAGAGUCCAUUUCCCUCCCUAACCUCAAGCUCGGGCGACCAGCCUCUCUCGGUCUGCCCUCUCCGGGGUUCCCAUCCACACCUUCCUCGCCCAUGGGUGAUGUCAGCUCGAGCUCGCGCUCGGGACUGAGCUCAUCUCAGAGCUUGACUCCGCAGAGCGGCUCUCGUCUCAAGUUUGAGCCCAGCGACAAGGAAAAGGAGGAGUCUCGUCGACGUGCGCUUGACAAGCUCACUGGUGGAGGAAGCUGUACACCCAAGGCUCCGCCGCGUGAGGAACCCAAGCCUGCCGAAAUCUCCCUUCCCAUGUUUGACGACGACGACGAUCUGUCCACAACAUCGUCGCGGCCACCUUCCGAUGCCCUCACUUCGACCGCCUCAUCCAGUCGCCCAUCUUCCUUCACUUUCGGAUCGUCGUCCUCUUUCAACAGCCUGUCGGCCUCGCCGCUCCCCUGGUCACAGUUUGAGGACAGCACCGAGCGCUGGAGCUUUGGACAGAGCGUGGGCCAGAGCUUUGCCCAGCGCUUUGAUCCCAAGGAGGAUGCGCCGGCGUUCGGGUCAUUUGGUUUGGAGAUGUCAGGUCCUACCAAGACCUCAUCCGUCCUCCUCAACAGCAGCAGCCUUGGGGUCUUAACAGAGGAAGACGAGACCGAAUCUGACGCUGAUGAUGAGGGAACCGACAUGAUGUCCAACACGUCCUCCGCGGCUGAAACCCAUGAGAUGCAGGAGUCGACCCCUGCCGGCCCCACGCCCUCGCGGCUCAGGGAACUGCAUCUGGUAUCGUCUGUCUCAAGCCAAGGCUCCUCGAACCGCCGCAGCUCUAACCCGGACGUCGCGCGGAGUCUCGCUUCAGCACGUGAGACGCCAACCAAGGGCGGGUAUGGGAGCAUCGGACGUGGCCGGCCCCGACCUCUGGCCUUGGACACAAGCAGCGCUUCUGCUUUCAAAGCCGCCAGCGCAACGUCUCCGAGCAAGGGUGCGCGUCCCUCCAGCCUGCAGCUCGGCGGUGGCCGCCGCCCUCUCCUCACUCGUGCAAGCUCCAUAUCCUAUAAGAAAGACGACAGCGGGAGCGGAUCGUCGCACGACUAUUCCAAUUCGCGCUGCAUCACAUCACCACCGUCUGUCACAGGGGAGAUUGCCUCUCCUCCCUCUAUGAUCUCGCCACUCGCCGAAUGGACCUCGAUGGCACGUGGCGCCUCCCGACCCUGCCCUCGCCCCCGGAGCGCUAUUCUUGGCACUUCCGGGCGCGUGCUUGGUGAAGUGGACGAGGAGGCCGAGGACAGUUCUUUUCGUUUCUUCGACGAUGGACGCUCGACUGGGCGGGCGAGCACGGAGGCGUCGCGCAACAGUUACGAUGGCUCUCUGUGGCCGGCAACCGCUCGCCGUGACAGCCGCGACCGCAUAGACGCCGAGCUGGAGCGUGAUGCUCUGCGCGAGGAUGUCGAGUUAUGGCGCAAGCGAUGCCGCGGCCUGGAGGAGCAGGUCGAGGGGGAGCGUCGCGAGAAGCAUGUCUACCAAGAUCGUGCCAGGAAGCUUGGCGACCGCCUUCUGGCCUUGUCGGCGGCAUCGGGUGCCAUGUCACCCGCGAAGGAGCGCGAGGCUGCGCAGGACCGACUCAUUGCCGAGAUGCGUGACCAGCUGUUCAACCUCACUGCGGCUCUGGACCGUGAACGCAGGGAGAGGAAGGAGAUGGUUGCGCACAUGACAGAGCUGCAAGCGGCACUGGACGGGACCCGCACGCCACAGGUCACGCCCAACUCGCUGCCCAGUACCCCCAAGUCUCGCCCUCGCAAGUCUUCCACUGCCAACAUGUUUGGCACCCCACCCGAGGCCAAGUAUGCGGAUGCCGACUUCCUCGACGCAAUGGACGACGAGGAUGGUGAAUCCGAGUCGGCCGCCGAAGGGGACGACAAUAACUGGCGGCGUAUGCGGGGGUUUGCCUUUCCCCAAGGUCCUGUCGAGAAGAUGGAUCGCGAGAGCAAGCGCGAGUCAUUCUUCGGUCUCUCCCGGCCCCGCGCUGUCCGCGCCGCUCCAAGCAUAGGCGGCCUCGGCCUCGACUGGGCGACGUCUCCGAUCGAGCAUGGAUUCGACCUUCCUCCUAUCGAGGUGAAUGCGGCCAACCGUGACCUCGUCCGCCCUGCGUCGUUCAUCCUCAAGACGACGACUGCGACGCGGACUCUGCGGGAACGCGAGGAGCGUGAGCGUGCGCCCGAGUACGAGCGUCCUCGUGCCCGGCCCCCGGUUCCGACGCGCCCGCUUCCUCCCAUUGACGUAACUCCCGAGCGGCCGCAGACUUCAGCACCACCCGUGGGCGGCUUUGGUCUUAGUUUUUUAUCCGGGUACCUACCCAUUCCACGAACGACUCCGCCCGUCGUUCCUCGCGUGCUUGUGACGCCGUCGUCUGUCUCUCCCAAGAAGACGCCCCGGCUGCUCGAGCGCGAGAUGAUGAGGCACCACGUUGUUGGCGCGGCCGGCGACAUUGACAUGCGCCACUCGUGUCGUCGCUGCACAGGCGAGAUUAUCGAGCUGUAG